GGGAGGAGCUGUGCGGCCAGUCCGCCACCUGCAUGCUCCCCUUCGAGCUGCUGCUCUCCAACCCCCUGCAGUUCUUUCGGGUCGAGGUGGCUCUGGAGGAUAUCAAUGACCAUUCACCCGUCUUCCCCGAGGAACGAGUGACUUUUGACAUCACGGAAAAGAGCGACCUGGGUUCACGUUUCCCUCUGGAGGCAGCUCAGGACCUCGAUAUUGGCAGCAACACAGUCCAGGCAUACAGCAUUUCUCCUGAGAACGAAUACUUUAGUGUCGCUUAUAGAAGUCGGAGUGAGGAUGACAAAUAUAUUGAACUUGUUUUGGAGAAGCCACUAGACAGAGAGGAGCAGUCAGAGAUGAGUUUCAGUGUCAUUGCUGUGGAUGGUGGCUCUCCUCCCAGGACUGGGACAACUGAAGUGAAAAUUGUCAUUCUAGAUGUAAAUGACAAUCCUCCCAUAUUCACACAAGAGCGUUAUUUUGGAAAAGUCCUGGAGAACAUGCCAGAAGGGUCUGUAGUUUUAACGGUGCUGGCAAGAGAUCAGGAUGCAGGAGUUUAUGGGGAAAUUUCUUACCAACUCAGCCACGCACUGGGGCAGAGUGACUCAGCAUUUGUGAUUGAUCCCAUAACUGGUGAAAUUAAAACCACAAAACCUCUGGACUUUGAGGCAGCACAAAGUCACGAACUGAGAGUAAGUGCCACAGAUGGUGGUGGGCUCUCAGCCAUCUGCAAAGUGCUGGUGGAGGUGGUGGAUGUGAAUGACAAUGCCCCAGAGGUGGUGGUCAGCUCCUUCAGCAGUCCCCUCCCCGAGAACACAGCGCCCGGCACGGUGGUUGCCCUGUUUACGGUCAGGGACCGGGAUUCUGGGGCCAACGGGAAGAUCUCGUGUGGCCUCGAGGAUCAGCUCUUCUUCUCGCUGCGGCCAGCCUAUAAGAAUUACUAUGAGCUGGUGACAGUGAGCGCGCUGGACCGCGAGGAGACGGCUCGCUACAUCCUCAGGGUGACGGCGGCAGACGCGGGGUCGCCUCCUCUGACGAGCACGCAGACCUUCACCGUGGACAUCUCGGAUGUCAAUGACAACGCCCCCGUCUUCAACCAGACGUCGUACACCAUGUACGUGCGUGAGAACAAUGUGCCCACGGUGUUUGUUGGAGCCGUCAGCGCUGCCGACGCUGACGUGGGGCUCAAUGGCAAGGUGAGCUAUUCGCUGGCAGCGGUGCAGGCGGCAGAGGGGCCUUGGUGCUCGUGCGUGUCUGUGAACUCUGAGAACGGGCACGUGUUUGUGCUGCGGCCCCUGGACUACGAGCGCUUGAGGCAGACGGAGGUGACGGUCAGUGCCUCUGACGCGGGCUCUCCUCCCCUCAGAGCCAACGUCAGCGUCCGCCUCGUGGUGCUGGACGAGAACGACAACGCCCCGCUCGUGCUGUACCCAGGCCAGGACAGCAGCCCAGCGUCCAGUGAGCUGGUGCCCGUGUCGGCCGAGGCGGGCUACCUCAUCACCAAAGUGGUGGCCGUGGAUGCCGACUCCGGGCAGAACUCGUGGCUCUCGUACCACCUGCUGAGGGCCAGCGAGCCAGGGCUGUUCACGGUGGGUGUCCACAGCGGGGAGGUGCGUCUGAGGAGGCCGGUGACGGAGAGAGACAGCGUGAGGCAGAAGCUCCUUGUCCUGGUCAGAGACAACGGCAAGCCGCCCCUGUCGGCCACGGCAGCUGUGAGCGCGCUCCUGCUCAAGGACUUGUCAGACGUGCGCCUCCCCGGGCACAGCAGCCCGGCGCCAGAGGAUCAGGCUGGCUCCCUCACCACCUAUUUAAUCAUUGCCCUGGUGUGUGUCUCCCUGCUCUUCCUGGUCUCCACCGCACUCUUUGUGGCUCGCAAGGUGUGCAAGAGAAAGGAGCUGAAGGCUGGCCAUGUGCUUUAUGGUGCCGACAACUUGCAGAGCGGCCUGGCCGAUGGGGCCGCUGCAGGGAGCCUGCCCCGCGCCUAUUGCUACGAGAUCAGCCUCACAACGGGCUCGGGCAACAGCGAGUUCAAAUUCCUCAAGCCCAUCCUGCCCAGCGUGCCACCACAGCACUGCGCCGUGGGCCAGGGCCCGGAGGAUGAACAGCAUUUCCCCUGUGUCCCUGUCAGCACCGAGGACACGGCACCAGACAAUCCUGGCACUCUCUCUGCAGGACACUUCAAUUCUCUUUCCUUCAACUAGCUGGGCUCUGCACUGCCAGAGGCUUCAAUGAUCAUGGGAAGAAUUGACCCAGGCAGUAGCAUUUGGCAGUGGUUCCUGCAGUGUAAAUCUGGGUUUGCAAUUGGAUUGACCAACUUCCUGCAAAUUCUUUUUGGAAUAAAUGUCUGCCACUCCAAAAGCAGAGAUGGAACUUUUUUCUUAUUUAGAUAGUCAUGGGUUUCAUGUCAGCUUCUGCCUUUUCUAACAGCCUGUAUGUAUGUAGUUAGCACUCACAUUUGUGUUCUGUUUUUGUUGCUGUCUCACAAGAGAGAGAAUCUUGUUAUUCUGAUCUUUAAGACAGUGUCACUGUUGGCCAAACAAAUCUUGUCCACACUGAGUUGCCGAAGGUCUUUUUCCCAGCUCUGGAAACCAAGGAAGUUGUGAGUACUGAGUUGUCACAAUAUCAUGUGAGCACUAGGCCCUUUCUCCCCUGGGUUCUGGUUGUCUCUUCCAGAGAUGUGAGCUCUGUGUGCUUUGCUUUCUUGUCGCUGUGUCUGUGCAGACACUGAAUAUCUGCAGAUGCUUCAGUCGUUCCGCCUGGUGAAGCCGGGUAUUGCUCCCACCCAGCCUUUGCAACACAGGCAAUGCCAGCCCAGCAGGGAAGGAGGUGAUUUUGACCCUUUUGGAACAGCUGUCUCAUCUUCCUUUUCUAGCUCAGAGUAGAGCAGCAAAAUGCACCAGGAAAUCUUCCUUUGGUGUAAAAGAAGGGCUUGGGUGUUCUGUCAGCUCAGGAUUGCCUGAGAAAUACAGCAGCACAAAUAGUGUUAGAGUAGACUGUAACCGAACAGAGUUGUUAUAACAUCUUCAUUAUCCUUGGAUGCAUUGAAGGAAAACUCCACAAAUACUAAAAGACAAUUAUAGGAAGGUAGAGUCAAGAAGAACUUUUAAAAAGGGCAUUGUGUUGGUCUUUUAAAUUAUUUUCUUGCGUCCUAAGACUUACUGAUGGUAGUGGAGAUUUUUCAGUGCAUGAUUUUCUGUUUGUUCCAGUGCACUUCCAUUCCCAUUUUUGCCCUUUCUCCUUCUACUCUCUGAAAUGUACUGAGCAUUUUACUGAUCCUGUUCCUGUAGAGAAGAACUGCCGACCCGUCUGUAAUAACUGGUUAUUUGAAUGACGUCUGUGAUGCAUGAAAUAGUCAGAGAGGCUCCCUCACACUAUGUUUUCCUGAAGCUAUAAGGUUAAAAUUGUAAAUUUGAUUAGCCUCGGGAUUACAAGCUGAAAAAAAAAAAUGUAUUAGACUGAAAUAAAGAGAACACACAUUUGUGAAGACAGAA